AUGGCGCAACUGGACACACUCGACCUGGUGGUUCUGGUCGCUCUCUUGGUGGGUAGCGUUGCCUACUUCACCAAGGGGAGUUACUGGGCCGUUCCCAAGGACCCUUAUGCCUCUUCAGGCGCCGCCCUGAAUGGUGCCGCCAAGAGCGGCAAAACUCGCGACAUCGUGGAGAAGAUGGAGGAGACAAACAAGAACUGUGUGAUUUUCUAUGGCUCCCAGACCGGUACCGCGGAGGAUUAUGCGUCCCGUCUGGCUAAGGAAGGCUCUCAGCGCUUCGGCCUGAAGACCAUGGUGGCCGAUAUUGAGGAUUAUGACUAUGAGAACCUCGACAAGUUCCCCGAGGACAAGGUCGCAUUCUUUGUGCUGGCCACCUAUGGUGAGGGUGAACCCACUGACAACGCCGUGGAAUUCUACCAGUUCUUCACCGGUGAGGACAUCGCCUUUGAGAGCGGUGCCACCAGCGACGACCAGCCCCUCUCCUCCAUGAAGUACGUCGCAUUCGGUCUCGGCAACAACACUUAUGAACACUACAACGCCAUGCGCAUUGGUGACGCUGGUGAGGGUGAUGAUGGUGCCGGUACUAUGGAGGAGGACUUCCUCGCCUGGAAGGAGCCCAUGUGGGCUGCUCUGUCCGACGCCAUGGGUCUCCAGGAACGCGAAGCUGUCUACGAAGCGGUAUUCUCUGUGAGCGAGGAAGACGAGAGGUCCCCCGAGGACGAGACUGUCUACCUCGGUGAGCCAACUGCUGCCCACCGUGAGGGACGCGCCAAGGGUCCCUUCUCUGCCCACAACCCGUAUAUUGCCCCGAUCGUCGAAUCCAAGGAACUCUUCACUGUCAAGGACCGUAACUGUCUGCACAUGGAAAUCAACAUUGCCGGUAGCAACCUCAGCUACCAGACAGGUGACCACAUCGCUGUCUGGCCUACCAACGCUGGUGCCGAGGUCGAUCGUUUCCUCCAGGUCUUUGGUAUUGAGGACAAACGUCACUCGGUCAUCAGUAUCAAGGGCAUCGAUGUCACUGCCAAGGUUCCUAUCCCGACUCCUACAACCUACGAUGCCGCCGUCCGCUACUACAUGGAAGUCUGCGCCCCCGUCUCUCGUCAGUUCGUCUCGUCUCUGGCUGCCUUCGCCCCAGAUGAGGCGAGCAAAGCCGAGCUCGUCCGCCUCGGUAAUGACAAGGAUUACUUCCACGAGAAGAUCACCGACAAGUGCUUCAACAUCGCUCAGGCCCUCCAGAGCAUCACUUCCCAGCCGUUUACUGCCGUUCCUUUCUCGCUGCUCAUCGAAGGUCUCAAUAAGCUUCAGCCCCGCUACUACUCUAUCUCUUCCUCGUCUCUGGUUCAAAAGGACAAGAUCAGCAUUACCGCUGUUGUCGAGUCCGUUCGUCUGCCCGGUGCUUCGCACCUGGUCAAGGGUGUCACCACCAACUACCUCCUGGCCUUGAAGCAGAAGCAGAAUGGCGACCCCUCUCCCGACCCUCAUGGCCUGACUUACUCGAUCACCGGUCCCCGCAACAAGUACGAUGGUAUCCAUGUGCCUGUCCACGUCCGCCACUCCAACUUCAAGCUCCCCUCCGACCCCUCCAAGCCCAUCAUCAUGGUUGGCCCUGGUACUGGUGUUGCGCCUUUCCGUGGAUUCAUUCAGGAACGUGCUGCUCUCGCCGCCAAGGGUGAGAAGGUUGGAACGACACUUUUGUUCUUUGGAUGCCGUAAAAGCGACGAGGACUUCCUCUACAAAGAUGAGUUCAAGACCUACCAAGAUCAGAUGGGUGAUUCCCUGAAGAUUAUCACCGCCUUCUCCCGUGAGGGAGCCCAGAAGGUUUAUGUUCAGCACCGACUGAAGGAGAAUGCCCAGCUGGUCAGCGACCUGCUGAAGCAAAAGGCCAACUUCUACAUCUGUGGUGAUGCCGCCAACAUGGCCCGCGAGGUCAACUUGGCUCUUGGUCACAUCAUCGCUGAGCAGCGUGGCCUCCCCGCGGAGAAGGGCGAGGAGAUGGUCAAGCACAUGCGCAGCAGUGGUAGCUACCAGGAGGAUGUCUGGUCAUGA